AGCCUUGAAUGUCAUUGCAAAGGUGAUGGUGACACUCAGAAAUACGUGUGUGUAACUUUAUCCAUUCUUGCGUUUUUUCGCGGGAAAAGUUUUAGUAUUGGUAGAUUUAAUUGUGUACACUAUUAAGUAUUUUAUUGUAAUUGUUAUUAUAAUUUUACCCGACGCGAGAUGGCCGACGAAGAAAGUCGGUCUUUAGUUGAAAACGUAAAAAAUGAGUUGGAACAAACCGAUUCCUCAGCAAACAUUGAAAAAAAUCAAAGUGUUGAAAACGAGAAAGGUGCGAAACAUGAAUCUGAAACGGGAGAGACGAUCGUUCUGUCUUCACAUCGCAGUUUCGAAGUAACGAAAAUAGAUGAAACAGACUUGAAAGAAGAACACAACGAAACUGGCAACAAGAACAACGAAACUGGCAACGAAAAGCACGAAACUGACAACAAAAACAAUGAAAUUGUCAACAAGAACAACGAAACUGGCAACGAAAACAGCGAAACUGGCAUCAAUAACAACGAAACUGGCAACAAGAACAACGAAACUGGCAACAAGAACAACGAAACUGGCAACGAAAACAGCGAAACUGGCAUCAAGAACAACGAAACUGGCAACAAGAACAGCGAAACCGGCAACAAGAACAACGAAACGGACAAUAAACAGACCAUAAAGAGCACAAAAGCAGAAGACGAUAACAGCGAUGACGAUGAAAACAAACAAGAACAAGACGAAGAUGAAGACGAACGUCUCAAAAAUCUGCGACAAGCCAUCGUGGCCAAAUCUUCCCCUCGUCUGAACCACCUCCUGCUGGGGGAAAAACUCCCCUCAUCGGGUUCUGCUUCCCCCAACGCCCCCUCCUCCCCCAGUGUCGGGGGAGGCUUGCCCUCAGCCAUGUCAUUCCCCUCGGGGGCAAGACGCCCUCGGAGAAUAUCCUGGAAACAAGGGGAUGAGACCAUACCUAAUUCCCCGUCUAUGCAGAGCGAGCAGGAUGGGCGGAGGGGGUCGGACCCCCUGCUGCUGGACGGCAGGGACCUGGACGACCCCGCGCUGGACGAACUCAUUGACCUCCCCGCCGAGCUGCCCCCGCCCCCCGACGGCGGGUGGGGUUGGGUGAUUGUGCUCGCAUCGUUCCUAGCCAACAUGGUGGUGGAUGGCAUCGCUUAUUCCUUCAGCCCCUUCCUGCCGGUCUACAUGGAGGCCUUCGGGGCUGAUAUGUCCAAGGUCUCGUGGAUACCUUCACUCCUGGCGGGGGUCUACCUCAGUGCUGGCCCGAUCGUGUCGGCGCUGAGCAACAAGUUCGGGUGCCGCGUCGUGUGCAUGGUGGGCGCCAUCAUCGGCUGCGUGGCCUUCCUCCUGACGGUGUUCGCACCAUCGGUCCAGUACCUGAUGGUGAUGCAGGGGGUGGUGGCCUGAUGGUGAUGCAAGAGGUGGUAAGGGGUCAGAGGGGGUCUGGGGUUCGGGAUGAUCUACCUCCCCGCGGUGGUAUGCGUGGGAUAUUACUUCGAGAAGAAGCGCGCCCUGGCGACGGGGAUUGCGGUGUGUGGGAGCGGCGUGGGGACGAUGCUCUUCCCCCCCUUCGUGAAGUUCCUCCUGGCGCAGUACGGCUGGCGGGGCACCAACAUCCUGCUCGCGGGGCUUGUGCUUAACGCCGUGGUGUUUGGGUCGCUGAUGCGGCCGCUGGCGGUGCCGCGGAUGACGAAGCGUCAGCUCCUGCAGCGCCUCGACGAGGAGGAAAGGCAGCUCAGGGCCUCCCUGGCCCAGGGGCUUGAUGGUGCUGAUGGGGCCACGUCUUUCUCCCAGCACAAGCGCAGCGUCAACGCGGACCCCGGCGUGCAGUCGCAUCUGAACCUCCACAGCGGCGCCCCCCUCACCCCCAUCAGGGAGGGCUCCCCCUCCUCCCCUACAGAGCGGAACGGAGGAGGGGCGGGGGAGGAGCGCGAGGGUCUAACGGCGGGCGGCGCUGGGCCCAAAGUGAGCAUCGUGUCCAUGGGCCCGCUGCCCCGCAACGCUUCCCAGCCCGUCAACAUGGGGCCCGGCAGGCACUUCCGGACGGUGGGGUCGGUGCCAAACUUCGAGCGGCGGCGGUCGCGUACGGAGCUCGUGCAGCAGCUCAAGGUGGUCCCCGCCACCCCCCGCGCCAGCGUCCUGAACCUGCACCCUGAGAGCCGCUCCUCCCUCGCCCCCCUCGCCCCCCGCAAGUCCUCCGCCCCCGUGGGGACUGGGGUAAAGGAGCGGCGUGCCAUGAUGCUGCGCCCCAUGUCCCGGCAGGACAUCUUCUACUCGGGCUCCAUCUCCAAUCUACAAGAGUACAAGUCCCAGCUCUCCAUGAUCUCCUACAGGGAGAGUACCCUCAACCUACAGGGGACUGGUGCAUCUAGGGCGGUGUUGGACGUCAUAGAGAAGCCAGAGAUGGACCAGGCUGACUCCAAGGAUGUUCCUAAAGAGAAGGAAAAGUGUUCAUGUCUGCCGGAGUCGAUGCGCGGGACGCUGGCGCAGAUGAUGAACUUUAGCCUCCUGAAGGAUCCCGUCUUCCUGCUCAUCGGCAUCGCCAACGUCUUCGGCAUGUUGGGCUUCUACACGCCCUACGUCUACUUACCGGGGGCGGCCGUAGAAAAGGGUAUAGACAGCACCAGCGCCACAUUCCUCAUCUCCAUCAUCGGGAUCACUAACACCAUCGGGCGCGUGUUGUCCGGACUACUAGCGGACAUGGAGCGCGUCAACGCACUUUACGUCAACAACUUCUGCGUCUUCUGCAGCGGCCUCUGCGUCUUCCUCACGCCCUUUGCGUCGUCCUACGCCUCUUUCGUCACCCUCUCCAUAUUCUUUGGCUUUUUCGUCUCUCCCUUCAUCGCGCUGACAUCCAUCAUCCUCGUGGAUGUGAUGGGACUCCCUCUUCUCUCUUCAUCCUUCGGACUCUUGAACAUCUUCAGGGGGGCGGCGGGGGUGGUCAGCUCCCCCCUGGCAGCGGGGUACGUGUCCCUGACGUCCAUUAUUCUCGUGGAGCUGCUGGGUCUGGAGCAGCUCACCACCGCCUUUGGCCUCCUCAUCCUCUUCAGGGGCUCUGCCAGCGUGGUAGGCCCUCCUCUGGCUGGAGGCAUCUACGACGCCACUAAGAGCUACGACGUAAGCUUUUACUGCGCCGGCGUGUUGCUGUUCGUCUGCGCAGCCUUACACUGCCUCGUACCUCUGGCAUCGCGGCUUUGUUCUGCCCACCACCAACCAGUGCUGUACAAGACCAACGAGGAGCUGCUAGGAGAGACGCUCUCGGACAACAGGAGUGAGGGGCAACAGGAGGGUGGGGAGGAGGGGACAAGGGGGGAGGGCGAGGGGAUCACUAUAGACAUCGGCCCCAAGAAGGAUAGGACAGGAGGGGGUCUGGAGAAGAUAGACGAGGCCGUGUAGGGUCUAUCUGGUCUAGACUCGUAAUGUAGGGUCUAGGCCCGAGUGUCGGGGUCUAUGCUGGUCUAGACUCGUAAUGUAGGGUCUAGGCCCGAGUGUCGGGGUAUGC